CUGAUUGUUUCCAACGCCCGGAGAAGGAGCGAGCGGAGCGGAGCUGAGCGGAGGAGUCACCCGUGAACGGAGAGCCGCAUCGAGGCGGGGAGGAGAGGGGAGCAGCCGGGGAGCAACGACCGAGGAGCCCCGCGGAAGGCAGCUCCCUCUUUGUGGAGACACUAAAUCGCACAGCCUUUGCUACGCUCGUCUCUCAUGCCCGCUGAGCAUGGAUGAAACACAGGACGGGGUUCAGAUUGGACUCAACAAGUUCAUCAGCAAGGCAACAGUCCUGUCACAUCUGAAAACGUACAACCUGUAUUAUGAGGGUCAGAAUCUGCAGCUGCGGCACAGAGAAGAAGAGGGGGAGCUGAUCGUCGAGGGUCUGCUGAAUAUCUUUUGGGGCCUGCGGCGGCCAAUCAGGCUUCAGAUGCAAGAUGACCACGAACGGAUCCGACCGCCUCCUUCCUCCACGUCUUGGCACUCCGGCUGCAAUCUGGACAGUCAGGGUUCCCCCAACAGCGCAGACGGCCAACAGACGACGCAGCAGAGCCCGCCCGCCGUGGAGGUGACGCCUCCUCCGAGCCAACCGGAGGACAAUGGUGUGGCCGAAGAAGAGACGGAAGACGACAGCGAGAGCACGGCUCAGCUUCUCAGGACGAAGAGCGACGCCGGGGUGCUGCGGCGGGGUCAGCGGCGGUCUCCCAGCGACCAGAGGAAGAUCAGACGCCAUCGGUUCUCCAUCAACGGACACUUCUACAAUCAUAAGACGGCGGUGUUCACCCCUGCCUAUGGUUCAGUCACAAACGUUCGCAUCAACAGCUGCAUGACCACGCCUCAGGUGCUGCGGGUGCUCCUCAACAAGUUCAAGAUCGAGAACAGCCCAGACGACUUCGCGGUCUACCUCGUCCACGCCAGCGGAGAGCGUGUGAAGCUGAAGAGGACGGACUACCCUCUGGUGCUCAGAGUGAUGCAGGGUCCGUGUGAGCAGGUCUGCAAAGUUUUCCUGAUGGAAGAAGAUCUGGGAGAAGAAGUUACAUAUGAUGUGGCGCAGUACAUUAAGUUUGAGAUGCCCGUCCUGCAGAGUUUCAUCACCAAGCUGAAGGAGGAGGAGGACAGAGAAGUGCAGAAACUUAAAAGAAGGUAUAACUACCUGCGGUGUAUAAUUGAGCGGCAGCUGGGCUGCCUCCCGGAGGGGGCGACCUGCAUGUGACCUGCUGCCGGCGAGGCUUCGCUCCGUCACGCCAAACAUUCCCGGAGCUCCCCGUCCUCCAGCGAGCAGCCGACACCAGCACGGUGUUGGAGUUUCAGAGACGGUCCUGCCUCUGCGUGGCAUCGUUUUCAGCACUUAGCAAAAACUUUUAACGUGCAGCACAGUGUGCAUGUUACUGAGGAGCCGUAUCAGCAAUACCCUCGACUGUCCGGCCAGACACCGCAACUCCCCAAGAGUCUCACUGGGAUACAGUCACUUCUUUUUCUCUCUCUCAAUCGACAUUCCUCCGGCCUGACAAGAUUUAACCUAAAAGAAAAAAUGCCAUUUCCUCAUUUUUUUUUCCCCCGGAUGUUGUUCAAAAAUCAGCGUCACGUUGUCCGGCUUUAAUGAAGUGCCUGUGAAAAAGGUUGUUAUUCAAGCACAAAACAAACUUUGAUCAAAUAGUCUGAAGUUUCAAAAGAAGUGCCACAAGCGAACCACAGCAGACCACACAGCCGUCCUGGAUGCAGGUCGUUUCUCUGCAGGAAAACAGACUGAAUGUUCAAGACGAGUCGGAGAGAUAAAGAUGUAGGCCGGGAUUGUGGAGAAAUCUUCCUUUUCCCCCUUGAAGUGUGUUUAUUGGAGAUGUGUAGCUUCAUCCGACUGUGAGCAGGACUGGAAGCGGAGAGAAAAAACACAUUUGGAUCUUUGGAAAUGUGAGAAAGGAGCAUUGAUAAAGUUUGAUUUUUAACACAAAAAAAAGAAAUAAAUGAGUUUUGCAGAAUCUUGGUCACAAAAUGUUUUGUGAGCUAAUAUUUGACACUUGGCUCCUGUAAAAUCCUUUCUCACUAAUUGUGAGAUUAAAUUAAACUGUGUUAAUCUGUGAGCUCCAGCUGUGUAGCCGACAGAUUUUAUUUUCAGGCUUUGUCAAAGAUCCACUCUGGAAUGGUGGUUAGCUUUCUCGCCUCACUCUGAGAUAGUUGACGGUUUAAAUCCAUUCUGCCUUUCAAACCUCGAAGAAUCGAAUUACAUUUUAAAGCAAACGGACAAGUUUGUGUCUUAUGUAAGACUUAAAAAAAAUGACGUGAAGUUCAAAGGAUAACUGAUGACGGAGGGGCAGUCCUCUCCUCAGAGGUGAGCUGGAGUUUAAAAGUGGACUCCAGAAGGAGGUGUGAAGUUAUAGAGGAUUAAAAAAAAAAGCUGAUUAAUGAUGCCGACAUGAAGUAAAAUCAAUAAGAGGACAUUCUCCACUCUGUUUCCCAACGUGUUUACUGGAAAAGUCAUGUUGAACAUUUCCCUCGGUUACUGUUUGACUGUUUUUUUUGCUGAAAAAAGACAAAAAGAUGACAUCUGAAUGUUGGACAUGAGGCUGGGUGUAAAAAAGAAAAUCUUCAUGAAUGAUGUCCUUUCUUUUCUUUUCUGUUUGGAUAAAGCAAAAAUGACAAAAGAAGCACAACACAGACGUGAAGUCCCACAAGACUGUGAAUUAUUUUCUUAUUUGGAAUGUCUUGAACGUGUGAACGAGCGUUUGAAAGCAGCCGGGUUUCCCCCUGUCUGUACAUCCGUGUGUGUACGUAUACGAUCGGGUUCACCUGACCGUCAAUAACAACCUGUCCACUUUUGUAUUUUGUCUUUCUUGAAGUUAUGAAGAAACUCUGAAGUGUUAUGGACUCAUGCCACUACGUGGAAAUUGUAAUUUUGGAGGGUUUCGUACAAUGAUUGUUAUUUAAUAAAGAUUUGUCUGGGAAAGAG